CACCUUCCCGAUUCCCAAUACUUUUCCUACCUGCUCUGCUCCACCUUUCCCUCCCUCCUCAUUUUGCUACUUUUUCCUCAAAAACCCAGCAGCAGCAGUAGCAGCAGCAGCAGCUCCGUCUUAUAUUUUUCAGUUAUGCUAAAGUAAAGUAAAGUAAAGUAUACGAUCGAAAAGAACUCACUCAUUAUUGUUCUCUGAAAAUGGAUCUGGUUUAGACAUUCAACUCUUGUUCACAGCUUUCUUUCUACUAUUAUCAAUGGCUUCCAAAGGCCAAGCAUGGUUCUGCACCACUGGGUUACCAAGCGAUGUCGUUGUCGAAGUCGAAAACAUGGCCUUUCAUCUCCACAAGUUCCCUCUGAUGUCGAAAAGCAACAAGCUUCACGAGCUCAUAACAGAGCAAGAGACAAACCCUACUAGACUCCAAAAACGACAAGAUGGUGAUGAGCGAGAGAUCGAAGAAGAAGAGGAGGAAGAAGAAGAAGAUAUCUACUGUCACAUUUCUCUUCCAGAAUUCCCGGGUGGUUCAGAGGCGUUCGAGACCGCAGCCAAGUUCUGUUACGGAGUCAAGAUUGGCCUCUCGUCUUCAAACGUCGCUCCUCUCCGUUGCGCCGGAGAGGUUCUGGAGAUGACCGAAGAGUACUCUGAAGACAAUCUCAUUUCCAAAACAGAGAGAUUUCUCUCCCAAUCCGUCUUCAAAAGCAUCAAGGACUCCAUCAAAACCCUAAAGUCAUGCGAAAAAUUGAUGCCUAUGGCGGAGACUCUCGGCAUUGUUCAGAGAUGCAUCGACUCCAUCGCCGCUAGGGCUUUCUCCACAGAUCCGUCUUUGUUCGGAUGGCCGGUGAAUGAAAAUCCCGCCGGAAAUGGAGGCCGGAAAACCACCGGCAGAGCUACCGGAGCAGACUCUUGGUUCGACGAACUAGCACAUCUCGGUCUAAUUCUAUUCAAACGCUUGAUUUUUGCCAUGAAAGCUCGAGAUCUGAGUCCAGAUAUCAUCGAGAACUGUCUCAUUUGCUACGCGAAGAGAUACAUUCCAGGCAUUUUACGUUCAAAGCGAAAGCCAUCGUCAUCAUCAAUUCCUUCGGAGAACGAACAGAGAGAGCUGUUGGAGACUAUAAUCGAAAAUCUACCUGUGGAAAAGAGUUCGAGAUCUUCAACAACUACGAGGUUUUUAUUCGGAUUGUUGAGGACAGCGAACAUAUUGAAAGCUUCCGAUGCUUGUAGAGUCGCUUUGGAGAGAAAGAUUGGAUCACAGCUUGAACAAGCUACGCUAGACGAUCUUUUGAUACCGAGCUAUUCGUAUCUGAACGAGACGCUAUAUGAUGUUCAUUGUGUUGAGAGGAUCUUAGGUUACUUUCUGGAUGGUUCGGAGGAGAGAUUUGCAGCGAGAAUCGAAGGUGAAGAAGAGUAUAGUGGAGUUAGAAUGGCGGAUCUGAUGUCAGUUGGAAAAUUGAUUGACGGUUAUCUCGGGGAGAUUGCUUCGGAUGCUAAUUUGAAGCCAGAAGAGUUCUACCAACUCGCUGUUGCUCUACCUCAACAUGCCAGGAUCUUCGAUGAUGGUCUCUACAGAGCCGUCGAUGUCUACCUCAAGUCACAUCCGUGGUUAACGGAGGACGAUCGGGAGAAGAUUUGUGGCGUGAUGGACUGCCAGAAACUGACAUUGGAGGCCUGCACUCACGCGGCGCAGAACGAGCGCCUCCCGCUGCGCGCGGUGGUUCAGGUGCUGUUCUUCGAGCAGCUACAGCUCCGCCAGGCCAUCGCCGGAAAUCUCGUCGCCACCGACGCAGCCUCGGUGGAUCUCCCCAGGCAGUCGAACGUGCAGCAGGAGGAGGAAGAACAAGUAGGAGACGAAGGCUCGAACGCUGCGGCGACGAUUGCGGCUCCGCAAGCGGAAGAUAGCACCACCACCGCCGUGUGGAGGGCGGCGGUGAGGGAAAAUCAGGUGCUGAAACUAGACAUGGAUAGCAUGAGGUCGCGGGUGCACGAGCUGGAGCGGGAGUGUUCGUCGAUGAAGAAGGCGAUUGAUAAGUUGGGCCCACCCGCAGGCUGGAAGAGGUCGCUCACGAAGAAGUUUGGCUGCAAGUUCCAUACGCAAGUGUGUGAUUCGCAUGAGCGAACCGUUGUGGAGCCUAGACAAGGGCGAAACCAAUAGACCAUUAUUAUAUUCGAUUUCACUCUGUUUUUUUUUUCUUUUUUCUUUCUUUUAAAUGUAUUUAUUAUUUUAGAUCAUUUUGAUUUUAUGAAUAGGAUUAUAAUUUUUUAUUUUGUGAUUA